CUCCGGCAGCAAGCACCCCACGCAUUACAUUUACAUUACCACACCAACAGCGCAAACAAGAGAAGCGCAGGAAGAACCAGACAGAAGCUAGCGCUAGCAGCAGCACACACGCGACGACCAAGAGACAUACAGGGGCGUACGGCGGGGAAAUGGGCCUGUGUGUCUCAUACGACGCUGCGCCCGACGGCCCGGCGACAGCCAGGGUGGUUCUCCCCAGCGGCGAGCUCCGGGAGUACUCGCCGCCCGCAACGGCGGCGCUCGCGUUGGAGGAGGUCGGCGAGAAGGGGUGGUUCCUGUGCGACGCCGACAGGAUGGGGUUCGAGGGCUCCGUCGCGGCGGUGGCCGGCGGCGAGGAACUCCAGCCGGGGCAGAUCUACUUCGUGCUCCCGAGCGAGAUGCUGCGCCGCCGCCUCGCCCCCGAGGAGGUGGCCUCGCUCGCCGUCAAGGCCAGCGCCGCCCUCGUCAGGGCCUCCACCGUGUCGUCAGCCGGCGGCCGGCGCCGGCGGGGCUCCGUGGCGCCGCUCGUGUUCGCGCCGUCCGACGAGGACUACUCGGCCGAGGAUGCCUUCACCUUGGCGACGUUCGCUGCGAAGCCGACGGUGGCGCAGAAGCGGAGGGUGGCGUACCGAGGCGGCAGGUCGCCGCCGAGGUUCUCGCCCGACUUAACCGCCAUCUCCGAGAGCGAGUAGAGGACUAGAGGUGCAUGGUACACGAGACUGCCAAAAAAAAGGGGCGCAUCGUUGCACAUAGCCCUGCCUCGCCUGGCCACGACUGACGCGUGGGCCCGUCCGCUGAUGCUAGAUCGGACGGCGGGGACGCGGAGAUGGGCGCGGCAAAUGUUUGAUAUGUGGAUGUGUGCAGCUAGUUUCUGAGAGUGUGGGGUGGCCGUGGUAGAAAUAGUCGCGUCUUCGGCGUUGUUAAUUUAAACGUCAGAAGCACGAGGAAAUGCACAUACAGAUAUGCAUGUCAAUGUAAUGUAAAUACUGCAC